GGAAUGGGUUAUAAACGUCGUAGCGGAGUAUAGCGCCGUGUCAGUCUCAUUUCGAUAACCAUCUGAAAGCGAGCCGCAACCGAAUCGGAUAAUAAAAGAUCUUCUAGUAAGAAGUCGAUAUCAUUGAGAGAACACGAUGCAACUAGCUUUUGCAUUGGCGCUGGCAUUCGCCAUCAUAUUCGCGUUCGGCGAACGAACGAGUAUGGCCUUUCCGACCGAUACGAAGACAGGCGGUCAAAAAGAAAUAAAGGAGCCAAAGGACAUAAAGGAAUCUGCCGCAGCAUCCAAGGACGUGAAGGAUGCUAUUAAGGCUGCCAAGGAAGCGAAAAAGAACAAGAAAGAUUGCGCGAGAGAAUGCGGUACCGUUUACGAUCCUAUUUGCGCUCAUGAUCCUUCCGAUGCCAAUAUUAAGCCAAGGACUUUUGGUACCCAAUGUGCCAUGGAAGUUCACAAUUGUGAAAUGGGAUCGAGAUUGGCCAUGAAGAGCAAAGGCGAGUGUCCUGGGUCUGGCGGAGUGAGAUUGUCAUAAAAUGAAGAUGAUUGAAAAUUUCCUGUAUUUCGAUAUGUGCCAGCGCUAUAUUAUAAAUUUAUUAUUAGUUUUUAACUCCCCUUUCGAGCUUAUGCUUCCUUAGAAACUUUCUAUCGUCAUCCAUGCCCGUCCUUAUUGUUGACGUUAUUGUUAUUUAACAAUUUAUAUUACAUAUUAUGUAUAUCUCUCUGUGAAAUGAAUAAUAUAUAAUUAUAAUGUC